GACAGUUCGUGAAAUGACAGCUCAAAGACAAAAAGGAAAUUUGAUCGCGUUGAACUUUGAAGUUGUGAAAUAAAUUAAAAUGACAGUCCAACAGCUAAGCUCGAAUAUUUCUGACGACUCUGAUGAUAUGGUUAGUUUACCUUCCGAGGAAGAUAUAUAUAGGCGAAAAUAUCAACUGCUACUUGAACGAUGUGAAGUCUUGCAGCAGGAUAAUGAGAGAAUUCUUAACAGAAUACAAGAGGCUAAGAAAAUAACGAAGCGCUAUAGUAAAGACAUAAUGUUGUUGGUGGAGAGACUGGAUAGCCAUGGAGAUGGUUUUAGGACGGCUUCCAUGGAGCCGGAGAUAAAACCCGAAGUUGGGUCGAAACCAUCCCGUGCAACGCCCAAAGCCCAAACAUCUAAACAAUCUGAAAAACUGAAUGCCACUGGAGGAAAAAAACCAGGUCCUAAAAGGAAAAGCAAGGCAGAUAAACCAGAAAGAGAUCCUAAUGCCCCAAAAAAGCCCUGCAAUGCAUUCUUCCAAUUCUGUCAGGAGCAACGGCCACUGAUCAUAGCUGAAGCCAACACAGAAGUUGGUUCAGAGCCGACUAAACAGGAAGUCACUAGGCAGCUUGCAUCAAGGUGGAGAUCUCUCAGCAGUGAGGAAAAGAGGGUGUAUGUUGCUAUGUUUGAGAGAUCCAAAGAGAAAUAUGCGGAAGAAAUGUCAGCAUACAUAAAGAAGGAACAAUGACAAAGUAUUUGCAAUACUAGCUCUUAUAUUCCUUGUGAUAGUCAGCUUUAAGUUUAGGCUAAUUAAAUAUAGUUUGUAAUGAU